AUGGAUGAGGGGAAAGUAAAAAAGUAUACGGAUUUUAUAAAUUCCUUUACUAGUUUUGAUAAACUAGGUAACGAUAAUAAAUGUAGUUUUAUGGAAAAUAAAGAGAGUUUAGUAGAUAUGAUUGAAUAUUUUUGUAAUUUUUUAAUUAAAUAUUUUUACAACGAUAUAAAUAUGGAUAGUAUUAAUAUAAAAGAAUCAAAUUUAGACUCAGAACAACUGUGGUACUUAAUCGAAUGUUUAAUAAAAAAGAAAAAUUUAAAUAACCUUCUUGAGUUUUUUAAAAGAUAUGAAAAACAAAUUGAUCAAGAGAAAUGUAAUAAAAAGAAGGAGAAGAAAAUAAAGUCAGCAUAUAAGUUAAAUAGAGAUUUAAAUGAAUUAAGUGACGAUAAUACAUUUUUUGAAACAUCUGAAGAGAUACCAUUUUCUGAAAAAGAAAAACAAAUAAACAAAAAAAAAAAACGGGAGAAUAAUAUGAGUAGUGACCAUGGCACAAAGAAAAGAAAAGAAAAAAAUUCAAUUCGAAAUAAAGAAUCGGAGAUAAAUAAAAAGGAAAAUAACAAAAAUGAUGAGAUUAACCAUAGGGAAUAUCUUGAGGAAGAUGAGAAUCAAGAUAGGUUUUUUAAUUUCGAUGAAAUGGAAUCAUUUUUAAAUAAUGAGGAAAAAAAAAUGUUAAAAAUUACUGAACGAGAGGACAAAGAAAUGGAGAAACUAAAUGGAAAUUAUGAAUUUGAUGAAAAUGAAGAAAGUGAUGAGGAGGAAAUUGAUUUAAAUAAUUUUGAGGAUACAUAUGAGGAUGCGAAAAGAAUGAAGUAUGCCGAUUUUUACAAAGAUGAUGAUGAUGAUGAAGAUGUUAAAGAUGAUGAAGAUAAUGAUGGUGAUUAUAAUGAUGAUGAUUAUAAUGAUGGUGAUUAUAAUGAUGAUGAUUAUAAUGAUGAUGAUUAUAAUGAUGAUGAAGAUAAUGAUAAUGAAGAUAAUUACGAUGACGAUAAUUACGAUGACGAUAAUUACGAUGACGAUAAUUAUGAUGAUGAUAAUUACGAUAACGAUAAUUAUGAUGAUGAUAAUUACGAUAACGAUAAUUAUGAUGAUGAUAAGCUUAACGAAGAAUCUUAUGAAAAGAAAAAAUUAUAUGAUAAAAAGAUAGAACAAGAUAUAUACGAAAUAAACCAAUUCGACAGUCGUCUUAGUGAUAAUGAGAAGGACUCUUUAUCAAACGAAUUUAAUGAUAAUAAAAAAACGGAUGAUGUGCAAGAAAAAGAAAAAAUCGAGAAAGAGCUAGUUGCUGAAAAACACUGGUCUCUAAAAGGAGAAGCAUAUGGAUAUAAUAGACCAAAGAAUAGUAUUUUAAAUUUAAACUUCGAAAUCCCCAAAUUGAAUACUUUGAACAACAAUAAUACUCUGGAAAAUAAAAAUGUAGGAGAUAUGGAAAAUACAGAUGAUGAUGGUGAUGAUGAAGAGAAAGAACAUACAUAUGGAGAUGGACAUAAUAAAAAGAAUAAUACGAAUUCAUAUAAAAAAAAAGAAAAUAAAAUGAACACAUUAAAUAACGAAAUCGAAAUUGUUGUAAAACAAAGAAUACAAAAUAUGCUUUUUGAUGAUGUGGAAAAAAAAGCUAUAGAAGACAUUGAACUUGAAGAAUUUAAUAAAAAUGAUGAAAUCAAUUUUGAUAAUUUAAAUUUUUCUAAAAGUAAAAUAAGCCUAGUAGAUGAAUAUACACAAAAAUAUCAAGAUGAAAUUAUGAACUCACAAUCAAAAAAUAAAGAAAAUAAUUUACAAAAAAUCGAAAUUAUGAAUUUAUUCAAAAAAAUUAUGCAUGCAUGUGAUUCCUUAUCGAAUGAUUAUUUUAUUCCAAAACCAAUUUUAUUAAAUAAUAAAAAUAAUAAAAUGGCUACAUUAAAUAUUGAAGAUUCAGUACCUAUGAUUUUAUCUGACAAAAAUAAAAAAACAGCAGAAGAAAUUUUUAACCCUCAACAUAUGAAACAACAAAAGGAAUUAACCAAAGAUGAAAAGAAAUCUAUACGAAAAUCAAAAAAAAUGAAAAAAAAAAAAAAAAUAUUAAACCAAUUUAAAAAAACAGGUAGUAUUAAUCAAUUAGUAAAAAGAAAUACAGAAAUAAUUAAUAAAAAUAAAAAAAACAAAGAUCAAAAAAUUAAUCAUAAAAAAUAUGGAGUAUUAUCAAAAAAUCACAUACUAAAUACUAAAAUAGGAAACAGGUAUAAUUUUGGUAGCCAAAUAUCAAAGGCAUUAAAAAUGGAUCAAAAUAAAAACAAAAAAUUAAAAUAA